AUAACUUGAUCAGUUUUGCUGCUCAACAAGAUAAUGAAGUUACUUGAGUACUAUGCAAUUUUCAGUUUUCCACCUGUUUGCGUUAUUUUUAUUCUCAGCCUUGUCCAUUUUUGGAUGGCGCGUUGUGGCAAACUGGAUCGUAUCCAACGCUGGGUUGCCACAAAUGCAUUUUCCGAUAUAUUCAAGGAGGAGAAGAAGACUUGUUGUCGUAAAGAAAGAACUCAUUUAAAGUGGUUGUUUAAAGACAUUGAUCUGUCAAAAGAGAAGGAUUUAUUAUUGAAGCUCCAAGCCAGAUUUUUGAUCCUGUGUAAUAUAAUGUUUAGCUCAGUGCUGAUAACUUUUUGGCAGUUCCUUGUAUGGGAGGCAAGUUACGACUGCGAUGAAGAUGACCCCACAAAAGACUGCUUCGAACGCAAAUUGAGUGGGAAGCAAGAUCCCCUAAACUGUAGCAGUGCUGCCGUUCAAGAUCUGAUUCAAAAUGAAACCAUACAGGUCAUCUGCAACAGAAUUGUCUUUAAUAUUGGGUUGGCCACUACUGUAAGUUACAGCUCGUUGAAGCUCUUAAUCAUCGCUGUUAAGGUGGUAACAGAUGCAGUCUUAGUGAUUAAGAAAACAAACACAUGCAUUCUAUGUACGGUGCAACGAUUUUUUAUAAUUUUGCUUCCCGUUACUAUCAUCUUGUUUGCAUGUGUUCUCAAAUUUAUCCCUUCAGCAGAAAUAUAUUUUUUAGAUCACUGGGAUACUCUCCUUCAGAUAAUAGCGAUAGAAUUCAUUGCAAUAUUCUUCUUUUGGUUCAUUCCCUGGAGGACCGUCAUUGACGUGAAAACCAAGAGAGAGAAUGAACAAGUUAUUGACAUGGGAACUUGUGGUCAGGCAUUUGUACAGACCCGGCCAGCCACCACUUGA